UAGUUAACAAGAGCGAUAGGAUGGCGGAAGAUCAUGAAUCCUUGGUGAAAUCGGAUUUUACAGGAGUGUGCGAGGAAAACUCUUGUAUCGGCCAUUAUGACACUGAUGACAUUUCGUUUGUGGACUGUAUUCACUUCGAUCCACUGGAAGACGAGUUAACUCAAACGGAGAGCGUUGAAGUGGACAUUUUCUACACGGCCCCUCCACUGAAGGACCUUUAUCGAUAUCACAUCUUUUUCUCGCAUUCUCUAGAGGAUUCUAAGUGGAUUUCCGGAAUUGUUUACCGACUCGAAUCAGAGCCUUACAACUACAAAUGUCAUUACAACGACAGUGUUACACAAACCAAACAAAACAUUCAACAAACUCUGAUGAGCGCAGUGAUUUUGAGUGAAAGGGUUGUAAUUGUACUUUCGCCUAGCUAUAACAAAACGAAUUGGACGGAAUUUCAAGAAUUACUCCAGAAUCUCACUACGUGUAGUUUACACCAACAGCGCAUGCUCGUUGUGUUGCUUAAAGAUUGUACUAUCCCAGAACAACUCCAACCAUUGGGUUUUCUCGACGCAAGGGAAUGUGAUUUCUUCGAUUGCUUAGUCCGAUAUCUGAGAAGUGACAGAUUACCAAGAAGUAGCGAGUCUUUUUCUAGUGAGAUGUCCAGCAUUCUCUAUCGGCCAGUAUCUGUUGCCAAUGGCCAGGUGUUGAGCUCGGCUCAGAUCUCGUUUUGUGGUGCUUGGAACGCCGAACUCCGGUACACAGAGAAUGAUGACGUACCCGCCUCACUAUGUUGCCAUGGCAUAGGGAUGAAUUAUGCAAGAUACAUGGAGAUUUUGACAUCCAUGACAACCAUAAGCGGUUGUGACGACUACCGCCUUCUUUUUUCCCUCCGUCCCGGAAUCAUUCUCGCCGUUACUAUGUUUGUGUGGAUGGGUGCAUUCGUCUUUGUUCUGGUUUGCAUGAUGGAUGACUCCGACAAGAGUAUUUUGUGCUUUCGAUUGGUUGUGUUCUCCAUGCCUAUGUUGUUUGUUUUUGUGGGUUAUUUUCUUCGAUGGCGGAGACAAAAAGUGCGACUACGGAUUGCUAGGAAAAUGGUACUUCGAUGCAUUCCAAUAAACGAAGAUCUAUACAAACUGGAAAUGCCACUGCUGCUGACUGCAACUCUGACGAAAAGUGGAGAAUUCAAUAUACAUUUCAUAUACUAUUCAUUGUCCGAUUGCACGGGCAUUGCAGAACUAUUGCUUCAAGCAUGUAACGGCGGUGAAGAAAGGAAAAUUACAAACUUCAUAAGUCGAUAUACGGCUCGUGACGAUUUUCUGUUAUCGGGAUCUUUAACAGAGCGCCUGUGUGUGAUGGUAUCCCCAAUCUACCUCCACAGAUUCAUCAUGCAUGAACUUCCGGUGUCCCCACAACAAAGACACACGGAGUUCCGGUUGUGUUUAUGUCAAUACAUGGAACACGUGCUGGAUGAUUUCUUCAGAUGCUUGGAGGCCGGGAUAGAGACUGCCAGCCUUGUCAAAACUUACCAAGAGAAGUUCAUGUUUCGUGUACCGGUUGUGAAGUCGAAGCAGGACAUUGACAUACCCACAUAUGACAACACAAUAUCUCUGUAAUUACAAAAUUUUCUUUUAACAAUUCUCCGAGACGUAGAUUCAAUAUCACGUGUAACAGCAGACGAAGUAAUUUGUGCAACAGCAGACAACCACAUCAAACGUUAAAUUUAUGUUGAGGUAAUAAACGUUACUGUAUACACUAGCACAUUUAUUGUAGUACAUGUA